GCCCCCUCCCCGCGGCCCCUCCGCCGCCUGCUCGACCGCCUCCCGCCGGCCCCGUGCACGCCUCACCUCAGGGACGGCUCUGCGGGCUGCGGACCCCGAGAGCCGCCCGGCCGAGCCGAGCGGAGCCGAGCCGUGCGUGCGGCGGGGGCGCAGAGCUUCUCGGCGGCGGUCAGUCCCGCGGCGCUGCCAUGCGGGCGAGCAGAGGCGGGGCGGGCUCGGCUGCUAGCAGCGUCCUGCAGCGCGCACCCGCAUGGCUCGGCGUGCGGACAGCACCGGCUGCCGGCGGCGGCGGGGCCGGCGGGGCGGCGGCCAAUGGCUCCCGCGGCGCCGCGCAUGUGAGGGCCGGGCCGGGCCGGCCCCGCCCGCUCGCCCCCCGCGCAGCCGCCGCGCUCAGGUGCCGCGGGCCGGGGGCGGGAGCCGCCGGGGCUGCGCCGGGACGUGUCCGCGGGGCGCGGCGGGAGCCGAGCGGCGGGCGGCAAAGCCUGUGGGGUGUUCUCGGUGCGCAGGGAACCAAAAAGUCGAAGGCAGCUUUAGCUUGGGCUGGGGGCGGCAACGCUAGGAUCGCAGGGAUGGAUUCCUCCGCGGCGGUUCCAGAGGCUGAACACAGAACACUGAGGAAGAAGCCGAACUGACCCUGAUCCUCAUCCCGAAAUCCACUAGAAAAUUUUUUUCCUCCUUUAACUGAAAAGCCACCGAGAUCCUUAAAUAGUUCUUAAACACUGGGCAGUCACGUGACCAGACCUGCGGGUCUUUUUAACUGGAUGUGCUCUAUUACUUUUGAAAGUGUAUUGGUCUUGAUGAAGAACGGAAUUAAAAAAAAAAAACAAACAAAAAAAAAAAACAAAAACAAAAAAAAAACGAGCUUAUCUUUUCCAUAUUGUAUUUCCUCCCCAUGUUUUCAAGAACUGGAAGAGAUGGGAAGUGAUUCUUGGUGCUUGUUCAGAAUAGCUUUGUGGCCCUUUAAAGACUGAGAAUUUCCCCUUUAUAUUUUUAGAUGCAUUUUUAAUCAGACCUUCUGGUCUAAAUGACUGUAUGAUUUAUCUAAGGUUACAAAUUAAAGUACUUCUUAGCAACAAUUCACUCUGAGACCAGAAAAAAUCAGGCCAGCUUGUCCUGCUCUCAGCUGUUCGGCACUAUUUUCAUACCAGAGUUUUCAUCUGGUGGGGAAUUUUAGCAGAGCUCAGAUUUAGUCUAAUGAGUUAAUAAGUCAAUUAUUUUAAGCUUUGAUUUUUAAUACCUUCAUUUGGCCUUUUAGCUAUUUUCUUCCCUGGGAUCAUUAUCACUUGUGUUAUUUUUGGCCAAUAUUUUAGACCUCACUGUUUUCUCAAUAAGGUGAUUUUAUUAUCUAUUUACUUAUUUCUGCUCUGACCCAGUGGCCAAGGCACAUAGGGUGUGUAAUACUGGAGCUCCACAGUGAAGGAGGUUUAAUAGAGAUAAAAGCAGUCCAAUCUGGUAAACAUCAAGGCAAGUGAAAACAGAUAAUAACAAGAGCUGCUUGCUGGGAAAUCCUGACUCGAAGGCAGCUGGCAGAGAAAUUCAAGCGGAAGAAAAAAGGAUUUUUUUAAAUGCCAGAGCUGGUCAGAGCUGGCUGAAUCCACAUUUGCUUAGCAAUCAAGAUACUUUGCCAAGCUGCGGCACACCAGAAAAACAAACAAAUGGCUCUGGGGACCUGAGAGAGAAGACACCUGGAACUGGGCAGAUCCGGAUCCAAUUAAGACUCCCUUUCCAACAGGGCAAACACAAGUGUGAAGGACUUACCUCCUACAGAACAUAUGUUGGGUUGCUGGUUUGGUUUUUUCUUUCACUUGUUUUGGUAUGUAUUUAAAGGUAACCCAAAUGGGUUUUAAUUUAAACCUCUCCAUACCCUCUUUCAAGUUUAGCUUGUAGAGACUUUUCCCACUGUUUCAGGUUUGGUCUUCCCCAGGCUCAAGUCUGAGUACUUUUGGGCAGCUCUUUCUAGAUUGCUGUUUCUGGCUCUGACCAACUAGGACAUGCUGAGGUGGGACAGAAGAUAGAGGAGGGAAAUUACAAAUCUAAAAGAGCUCAGUUUGGGGCAAAUAAAAAUCCCAGCUAUUCUGUUAUCCUGCUAUAGUCUGUAGGCAAAAGUACAAGUCAGCUCACUCCAAGUUACUCCGUG